CUAGAGCCUCCAGAAGGAGCCCAGCCUUGUGGACCCAUUUUAGACUUCUGGUCGGCAGAACUACACUAACUGUGUGUUGGUUUAAGCCACAAAGUGGUACUUUGUUACAGGGGCAGCAGGAAACUAACACAACGGGGUAGGUCCCAGUUGAGAGCUGUGUUGACCAUAUUCACCUUGAGACGCCUGAGACGUCAAGGUGGAGAUGCUGAGUAGGCGUCUGGAGCUCAGUAUGGAGGUCAGACUGGGGUCUGAGACCUGGGAGCCAUGGGUGUGCAGGUGGAGUUCAAACCCUAGGCCUGAGAGAGGGGCUCUAGCAGAGGGAGGCCCACACCCCAGUCUUUUCCAUGGCAGGGCCCACGCUGAUAGCGAUGGACUCUGUGGGCAAGUCAGGGGUCAGCAGCGCCCACUGCUCAGCUGUGGGCCAGCAGCCUGGACCCUGUGGCACCGCAGCUGAGGCAUCGUGGCCUGGAAGCCACCCCUGGCUCCUCAGGCACACUAACUGGAAGGCCCUGGGGUGGCCCAAGUGGGGAAGACAAGGUCCAAGCCAGAGAAUGCAGAGGAAGUGUGGAGGCUGAGGAGGAGCAGUGGGAGGGACACAGGAGGGGAUGGGGCAGAUGAGGCCAGGCAUCCACAGACCACAGCACCCACGAGGGGUUUGGCCUGAGAAGGGCUCAAGAAGGGUGGGGGUUUUGGCGUCCGCCAGAGGGGGUGUGGCUGGGCCCUUGUGAGCAGAGCUGAGGUUAGACUUUAGAAGGAAGAAAACCCCCGUGAGGCUGCCAAUUCUUACCAGAGAGUGGACUUUGGAAUUCUGUCCCAGGCACCUGCUCCCCCAUCCCCCGCUCUUUGCUCCCCCCCCCCCCCCACUUCCCCUACCAGCUCCUCAGGGGACUGGGUCAAUCUGGACCUUGUCACUUUCUGCUCCUGGCUGCCACUACUCAGAGACUAUGGAACUGUGGAGGCAACUGAGGCAGGCGGGACUGGUGCCCCCAGGACUGGGCCCACUUCCCCGCGCCCUGAGGGCCCCCCCGCCAGUGAGGAGAGCUGGCCAGACCCUCUCGUUCCCAGGAGUAGACACUGCAGGUGCCAGGGAGAGUCUGCUGUGGAUCUUGGAGGAGCUGGGGCGCCUCCGCCAAGUGGACGUCCAGCUGCUGGGCCAGCUGUGCAGCCUGGGGCUGGAGAUGGGGGCUCUGCGGGAGGACCUGGUCACCUUCCUGGAAGAGGAGGAGAGCCUCGUGGAGGAAGAGGAGGACGAGGAAGAGCCCGAGGGGAAGCAGGAGGAGGGACACUUGGGGGUCUCCUUCUCAGCCCCAGGCCACCAACUCCCGGACUUUGAGAUGACAAUCUGAGGCCCUGCCAGGUGCUUCUGAUCGACACACGAAGGAGAUGCAAAUUUAUGCAAAGGAGGGGGGAUUUGCAGGUCAACUCAACCUGCCGACACAGAUUUGGGAUCAACACCUGUUCCUUAAGCAAAUACAUUCUCUGAAGAUGUCUGCACGGAGAUUGAGGGGCUGGCCUGGGACCCCCGGGGUGUGUUUGCAGGCGAGGUGGGAGGUUUGCAGAGAAACUGUAGGUGUAUUUGCAGGUAGGUUGCAGGGGAGACGUGGGUCUUUGCAAACAGGAUGGAGAUGCUGGCAGGUGGGCAAGGCUGCCCAGUAUGGCGCCCCCCCACCCCCACAAGUGGCUGUUGAGCACGUGAAACAUGGCUGGUCUGAAGUGAGGUGCGUGGGACACGGAACUACAGAUCGAAUUUCGAAGGCUUCCUAUGAUCAAAAGAAUAUAUAGACAUUUCAACAAUCUAAAAAUUUUGUUGAGAUGCUUUUUUCUGCAUAAUGGGAUAAAUAAACAUAU